AUGUCUCUCAGAAGCCUCGCCAUCCUCGCCGUCCUCGGCCUUGUCAAUGCCCAAGAUAAGAUCGGAUUUGGUCCAUACUUCUCCCUCGGCCCUACCUCGUCAUGGAUCCGUGAAGCAACCACAACACUUGUCCUCCCCGAGGCCUCGAGUCCACAGAAAGACCGUCUUGCUCUGUGGCCCGGUAUGGGAACAAGCGGUGGUGAUUUGAUCCAGGCUCUUGCCGUUUCUUUCGCCGACCCUUCCGCAAACUGUGGAGCAACAGCUGGACAAUGGUGUACAUGGGCUAGUACCCUUCAAGGCACCCAGCUGGGCGGAAAGCAGGUCCCUGCCAAUGCUGGUGAUGAGAUUACCAUGCAUUACAAGUACAAUGACCAGACCAGCAAGUUUGACCAGACAGUCUCCAUUAAUGGAGAGGUUGUGUCAACUCUUUCAACCAGUUCCGGCCAGGCACAGGGCUGGGGUACCGCUGUCGAAUGCCAGGAUGAUGCCUGCAAGAGCACUGCUGCAGCACACGAAUACCUCGACACUACAAUCAUUCUGAAUGCCGCCGAUUCCUCCUUUGGUGACACUCUGGCUAUCAAUGAGGCCACUUCGUCUGGUCUGAAGACAACCGACAACGGAAAGACUUGGACCGUGUCUACCAUUAAGGUUCAGUCUCACACCUACGACCUGUAA